CGGGUCCGCACAAAUUUCCUCCAUAAAUGCCGCGCCGCGCCGCCCGCUUUCAACGUAUCCAACCAAACCUCCCCGAAAACCAAGAAACUAAGAAACCCAUUUCAUCGAACACCUUCCGCGCAUUCACCGCCGGCGAGCAUGGGGAACGCCAUUGGAGCCAAGCGGAAGACCGCAAAGGUCAUGAAGAUCGAUGGCACCACCAUCCGCUUCAAGGCUACAGCCACCGCCGGCGACGUGCUCCGUGACCACCCCGGUUACUCUCUCCUCGAGUCUGAAGAAGUUCGGCAGCUCGGCAUCCGCGCCAGACCUCUCCCUCCUGACCAACUCCUGAAACCGAAAAAGCUCUACUUUUUGGUAGAACUCCCACGGUUGCCGGACCAGCGAGUUCCUCGCCGGGCUUGGUCCGGCGCACUGCACGUCAGCGCGAAGGAGAGGCUUGAGAGCCUCAUGCUCUCGCGUCGCGCUGUCUCCGAUCUGUCCGUCGGGAAGGCCUCGGUGGAGGAUGGGGCGGUGCGGUUGAAGAUGAGGUUGCCGAGGUCUCAGGUGGCGAAGCUCGUGGCGGAGAGCAAGGAUUCGGCCGAGGUCGCCGAGAAGAUCGCUAAUCUUUGCGUUUCCAACACCGAUGGCCCUGGUUCCCGGUCGCCCAACCUCGACGGCGCCGCAUCGCCGUGAGAAACGAACUCGAUUUCUUCCAAUGCCUGAUGAGAUAACAGUGUAGAAAUUAUAAAGAACACAACCCUGUACUCUGGAGAAGCACCGAAAAUUCAAGAGGUUGAACAUGAGAAGCUGCUGCUGAUUGCUUCCAAUUCGGCCGUAUUUAUUGCUUCUUCAUCAGUCUAUACAUUAGUUCUUCGUACACGAAAAAAUAAUAUUAGGAUGAAGAAUGGAAGGUAUAGUCUCUAGUGUUUGUGCGAAUGUGAAAAUCUUUUGUAUUACAUAGAAAAUAUACAUGCUUGUUCAAAGGGCUAUCCCUUUCUUUAGCAUGCUUUAAAAUGGAGCUUUUUGUGAAUUUAGUGGAUCUCAUGUCAAAGGGAGCAUGUUACUUGCUACCACUCAUUGAAAUAUUGGUAAUUGUUAGCAUCUUUGAAUAAAAAGCAGUGGGUUGGUGUAGAAGAUGAUGUCUGAUGAAACAAGGAAAAAGAAGGAUGGUUGAUGCAUCC